AUGGCGAAAUUUUCACGUCUGCUAUACGGACUAUGGAUAGUCUUCUCUUGCUUGAAGAAUUUCUCGCUGGCCGAGACCCAAGCAACAACGGAUUGGCCACUUCAGGAUGACGGUCUCAAUAAAGUCGUCCAAUGGGAUCAUUAUAGUUUCCAGGUGAACGGACAACGCAUUUUCAUCUUUUCUGGCGAGUUUCACUACUGGCGUAUUCCGGUUCCCGGCUUGUGGAGAGAUAUUCUCGAGAAGAUCAAAGCUGCUGGCUUCACGGGCUUUGCUUUCUAUUCUAGCUGGGCGUACCAUGCACCCAACAACCACACUCUCGACUUCACCACCGGUGCUCACGAUUUCAGUCCGCUCUUUACCUUGGCCAAAGAAUUGGGCCUGUACAUCAUUGUGCGCCCGGGGCCCUAUGUCAACGCCGAAGCCAGUGCUGGCGGCUUCCCACUUUGGUUGACAACCGGUGACUAUGGUACCUUACGGAACAAUGACACUCGAUACACGGCCGCGUGGACCCCAUAUUUUAGCAAGAUGGCUCAGAUCACCAGUGGCUAUCAGGUCACCAAUGGAGAGAAUGCCAUUGUCUACCAAAUUGAGAAUGAAUAUGGGCAGCAAUGGAUCGGGAGUGCUUCGGAGCGGGUGCCGAACGAAACCGCAAUCGCCUACAUGGAGCUUCUCGAAGCCAAUGCAAGGGCCAAUGGCAUCACCGUCCCUCUUACGGCGAACGACCCAAACAUGAACUCCCACUCCUGGGGCAGUGACUGGUCCGAUGAAGGGGGCAAUGUUGAUGUUGCGGGUGUGGACUCAUAUCCUUCGUGCUGGACCUGUGACCUGACUCAGUGCACCUCCACCAAUGGUGAAUAUGUGGCAUUCCAGGUCUUGGACUACUAUGACUACUUUGCCGAAUCCCAGCCCUCCAUGCCGAACUUCAUGCCCGAAUUCCAAGGAGGCUCGUACAACCCCUGGGGUGGACCCGAGGGCGGUUGUCCCGAUGACAUCAAUCAAGAUUUUGCAAACUUGUUCUACCGAUGGAACAUUGGACAGCGUGUAACCGCCAUGAGUCUAUACAUGCUGUUCGGCGGGACGAAUUGGGGCUCUAUUGCCGCGCCAGUGACUGCGAGUAGCUAUGACUACUCGGCACCUAUCUCCGAGGACCGCUCGAUCGGAUCCAAGUAUUAUGAGACGAAACUGUUGGCGCUGUUCACACGCUCUGCAAAGGAUUUGACCAUGACUGAUCUGAUUGGCAAUGGCACUCAGUAUACGGACAACUCGUUGGCGCGGGCAUAUGAGCUGCGGAACCCAGAUACAAAUGCUGGAUUCUAUGCAACUUUCCACACAAAUACGUCUACCUCGACGAACGAGGCCUUCCAUCUCAAGAUCAACACUUCUGCUGGAAAAUUGACUGUCCCCAGGCACGGCGGUGUUAUCCGCCUUAAUGGACAUCAAUCCAAGAUUCUUGUCACCGACUUUAGCUUCGGAUCGAAAACACUUCUCUACUCAACAGCUGAGGUUUUGACUUACUCCGUCUCGAAUAAAAUACCUACUCUAGCCCUGUGGGUUCCCACUGGCGAGUCUGGCGAGUUCAAUAUCAAGGGGGCGAAGCGUGGAUCGAUCAAGAAAUGCCAGGGAUGUUCGGGUGUGAAGUUCAUCAAGGAAAACGGUGGUCUCACCGUCACUUUUACCCAAUCUUCCGGGAUGAGUGUGCUGGAGAUCGACGACUUCUAUGUCAUUCUUCUUGAUCGGACUGCUGCGUACAAGUUCUGGGCCCCUGCUUUGACUAAUGAUCCAUUUGUCCCAGAGACAGAGAGCGUACUCAUUCAGGGUCCCUACCUUGUCCGCGGAGCCACUCUGUCUGGAUCCAAGCUUGCUGUCACAGGUGAUGUUGUUAAUGCCACUACAUUAGAAGUCUUUGCACCAAAGGAUGUCAACAAACUCACUUGGAACGGAAAGUCAGUGCAGGCCAAGCGCACUGGGUACGGCAGUCUUCAAGCCUCGAUCUCAGCCGCUAAAUCUGUCACUCUGCCUGCUUUUGGAUCAUGGAAGUCAAAGGACAGUCUUCCAGAGCGUUAUGCAUCAUACGAUGACUCUGGGGCUGCGUGGGUUGACGCCAACCAUAUGACAACCUUAAAUCCGAGGACUCCAACAACUCUCCCUGUCUUGUACGCCGACGAAUAUGGGUUCCAUAACGGCAUCCGAAUCUGGCGUGGCUACUUCAGCGGCUCUGCAACUGGGGCUUUUCUGAACGUCCAGGGAGGAUCGGCAUUUGGUUGGUCUGCCUAUCUCAAUGGCCAGUUCCUUGGUUCCUAUCUCGGUGAUGCAACCGCCGAACAGGCAAACCUGACACUAUCCUUCUCCAAUGCCACCCUCAGCACCACCAAGCCCAACGUCCUCGUCGUCAUCCACGAUGACACCGGACAUGACGAGACAAGUGGCGCGCUGAAUCCCCGUGGAAUUCUCGAGUCUCGCCUCCUCGGAUCUACGAGUGGUUUCUCCCAAUGGCGUCUCGCUGGUACAGCAGGCGGCGAGUCUAAUAUAGAUGCCGUGCGCGGCGUCUUCAAUGAAGACGGACUCUAUGGCGAGCGUGUCGGAUGGCAUCUCCCUGGCUACGACGAUUCAGCCUGGUCCAGCACCUCCAGCACCAAGCGCGCGAGCUCUUCAAGCUCCACGCUUAGCAUGACAGGUGCGACUGUGCGCUUUUUCCGAACCACAGUCGCCCUGGAAAUUCGCGAGGAGACCGACGUCUCCAUCUCCUUCGUGCUCUCCGUUCCAACGGGAGCGACAACAGCGUAUCGGGCGCAAUUGUUCGUCAACGGCUACCAAUACGGUCGCUUUAACCCGUACGUUGGGAAUCAACUCGUGUACCCCGUCCCGGCUGGGAUUCUAAACUAUAGCGGAGAGAAUACGAUUGCAGUCGCUUUAUGGGCACAGACGGAGGAAGGAGCAAGUAUUGAGGUUGGGUGGCGUGUCAAUUACGUUGCUGAUAGUUCGUUGAAUGUUGCCAGUAUUGAUGGGACAGAGUUGAGGCCUGAGUGGACCAAGGAGCGGGAGCAGUACGCAUGA